CUAGRGUUACACGGUAAGUGAAUUACAUGAUUUUUACAAGCAGAUACUGUAUGUUGUUGAAUGUUGAUGUAAUGGUUAUCAAUAUUGUUCAGUGAGUAUCUUUGAUUAUUGAUGUCCUUAUUGUUUAACUUUAUUUGUUCUUCUGCUUCAACAAAACAGUUGUAUGGCUUUCCUAUCAUGGAACAAUCACUAUAUCAAGUGUUUGUCUGUGCUUGACCACUUCUCUACUGAAGUGUGUGUGUAUGAGUGGUUUUGAUUACAGUAUACCUGCAGUUUGUCCCCUUUUGGGGCAUAGAUGGAUAACAUCACUUUAAUUUAGCUUUACAAUGCUUUAUUUGUCCUUACAUUUUAUUUUACACAAUUAUAGUGUUGCAUGUGACUUUUAUGUACAGGCCUACUCUAUGCUACUUGAUUAAAGUCCAUCGUGUAAUUUGAGAGAGCAUACACUGUAUGCUCAUAAACCACCUCUUAACUUUUCAGGAAGUGUUAACYUGCACGUCUGUCUGCUUCUGCCCAUGUCGUACUGUUAGCUAUUGGAAACGGAGAAUUAUCAAAACAAUAUAAAUGCAGCUAAAGAACAGCAUGUGAGAGGAAACCUCUGAGAGACGACAUUAAAACAAAGUUACUCACCUGUGCAAUGGCGAGUGAACGCUCCCCAAAUGUUCAUGGYGGUCCUCCUCCCCAGUCAGAUCUUAGACUCCUGCUGCUUGGAAGAGUAGGAGCUGGGAAGAGUACAGUAGCCAAAACCAUCCUGGGCAGAGAUAACUUCCGGAGUGAAGGAGGCAUGUGUGUGAAGAAGCAGGGUGAGGUGGCUGGAAGGACUGUCACCGUGGUGGACACCCCGGGCUGGAACACUGUGAAGUACACGUCCACACACAUCAAACAAGAAAUUAAGAAUAGUGUGACCCUAUGUCCUCCAGGACCCCAUGCUCUUCUUCUGGUGGUGCCCAUGGGCGACCCUCUCUCCUCCGCAGAAAGAAAGGCGAUUCGGUAUCACAUGGAGCUAUUGUCAGUUAGGGCAUGGAGGUUUACCAUGGUCUUGUUUGUCAGUGAGGCUGAGGAGAAAUGCWCAUCCAUUGAACAGAAUCAGAUGAUCGACAGAGCAAAAAGUAUUCUAGCGAAAUGUGGAGACAGGCACCAUCUCCUUSAUUGUGGGAAUUCUCCUWCCCAGAUUUCUGAGCUCCUGYUAAAGAUAGACGCCAUGGUAGKAGAAAACUGUGAAGAAUUCUUAAUCCCCCAAGUAUACUAUGAACUGAUGGAGACUACAAUGCCAAGGGAAGUGACCGAGCUGAGAAGGAUGUAUGAAGACCGAGAGGACAGACUGAAACAGAAAUACAAAACAGAGUUGAAYGAAAAGGAAGAKGAGCUGAAGAAGUAUAGAGAAGAAGAGAAGCCUAAAGAAAGGUUGAUGAAGAGGACAAGUAGCAGUCAACUACUUCCCCCCAGUAUAAGCACAGAGAAGCAGGACAGGUCGGUAAUGGCUGACCAGCAGAAGGUGGACCUACAGGCCGUCAAGCAAGGAUACAGGGAAGAGGCCUUGUCUGUGGUGGGCCACUACGUCAAACCACUAAUAGUGAUUAUGACUGCUGUAGUGGGGGCACUCAUGGGAGCAGUUGCAGGUGCACAACAUGGAACACUUGGCGCGUGUAUUGGGAUUCCUAUAGGCAUUAUUUUGGCUGUUCUUGUGAGUUACGCUGUCCGUGGAGCCGCCACAGCAGCAAGGGAUAUUUCCYUCAAAGUCAAAGCRGAGGAAAAUGAAAGCCAGAGGAGAGAAGAGAGAGCAGACUUCUUCUUAGAUUCUCCAAAAUCUAAAAGAUUUGAUAAGGAUCAGUGACACUCUUUUGGAUGUCAGCACUAUUCUAUUGCUACAGUGUGUCGUGUAUGGACUGUGCUGUAUGGACUGUGCUGUAUGGACUGUGCUGUAUGGACUGUGCUGUAUGGACUGCCACUCUCAUGGUUCACCUGACUUGACUGGCUGACCCCAGUGAAGAGACAGGACAGACUGCCCAGCAAACCGGGAACAUACCCAGAACAUAAGAAAGGGUUUUUAUACAACAUUAGGACGUUCUCCUAACAUUCACAAAAACGCACCACAUCUGUAACAACCACCAUUCCCCAAACAGUUUCGUUARGUUUCCUGGUAAUGUAAUAACACAAUGUACCAGCAAUGUUUUUAGAACAUACUYCUGCAACAAAAUGUAUGCGCAAUGUUCUGGGAACGUUCUUGCAACAUCAGGCGAAUGUUUUAUACAAACAUUGUAUAAUCAUCAGCACAACUGGACAGUUUUUGUGUUAUGAUAACAUUUGCCGCAACGUAACAAAUGUUCUGGGAAUUUUCAGAGAAACAAUUUUGGUUUGUUAGACGCCCUCUCUCUCUCGCCCUCUCGCUCUCGCUCUCGCUCUCUCUCUCGCUCUCUCUCGCUCUCUCUCGCUCUCUCUCGCUCUCUCUGUGUGUAACUGAUGGUUGUUGUUGAGAAGUUUUUAUUAUUGUGUGGGGGUGAAUGUCUGCACCCUUUGCGACCUGAUGGAUUGUGUUGAUCUGAGUCCUACUAUACUAUUAUCUGGUGUAGUCAUGUUAUCCAGUAGCUGUAGAUGUAUAUCAGUAGUAGAAUCUUUCUGUACAAACAGCAAGGGAAUUUACUCAAACGAAAGGGCAGUUUGCUCUGGAUUUACUCUGACAGUAGCAGAAGAGAAGGAUGUGAGCAGACUUGAGAACUUCGGGAAGACAUGAAUCAUAUUCUUCUCAGCUUUUUAAAUGAUCACUGUUCAAGGAUUUCACAGAGACACAUUUAACAGCACAGUAGGCUUGAGCACGAAUGCAUAUAUUUCAGUGAAUUAAAUAAACAAAUGUGAGAUGCCAUAUACUCUUUUGCAAUAAAAAAAGGUGAUACAUUGUAAG